CGAAUAAGUAAACGAAUGAACAUAAUGAUGAGCGAAUGUUAUAGAAUAUAUGUGAAAAAUUCAGGAAAAAUUACGAUAUGAACGUGAUAGCAAUGUGGUCCGUUGUGAUUCUUACAACAUCUGCUGUUCUGACAGUAACUGCACAGGAAAACCUCAUGUUGAAUGGAACUGCUAGACAAAGUAGUACACAACGAUCGGACUGGGGAGCGGGUCGGGCAAUCGAUCCACCGGUAUCGAAUGACUUUUUAUCUGGUUGUACUCAUACCAAAGCGAGAAGAAAUAUUAAAACAGCAUGGUGGAUGUUUACAUUUUCAUUUGGUCUUGCAUAUGUCACAGAUAUUACAAUAUACUACAGACAAGACACUGCGAUUCGAAUGGAUGGAUUCGCAUUGUAUGUGACGAAUGUAUCAGCUACAGUUGCUCCUCCUGAUGGCUACCUGUGUUUUGCUGAUACUAAACCUGGGUUUCCCAAUGUUACUAUGACUAUUCCUUGUUAUCAGAUGGGGAAAUAUGUCAUAUAUUAUGAUACAACCGGCAAUUCUCAGCCAUUAAACAAACGUGGUGAUACAAUAACAUAUGGACCGAUCAUAGAACUGUGUUAUGUUGAAAUAAAUGGUGAGUUAAUAUUGUAG